AUGGACCGUCGUGACCUUCAAUGGCUUCUUCCUGGACUACAAGAAUCUUUGGUCAAUUUGCUGAACCAUUGCGAACGCCUGGAACAAUGGCUUACUGCGCUGCUGUCUGGAUUUGCAUAUCCGUUGCCGAAGGAACUUGUUGGAACAUCAGCAGCAGACUUUCGGCCAGUUAUUCUCUAUACUCCAUGGUCUACGCUCCGAGCCAAAGAGAGUCUUCGACAUCUCGAAGGACUGGUGGACCGGUGGACCAUCAUCCGGUUGGGUUUCUACCUGGUCGAGAAGCUGUUCGAAUCUGGUUCACCAUCCAGGCCUACCUGGAAAUCAGCAUCAUCGCAGGAAAAGUGUGGUUGGGUCACAGACAUCCAGAAAGCGUUUGAGAAUAUCCCAAGGGACCCUAUUCGAUGGCUCUCCAAGAAAUUGGGCAUUCCACCGCGGAUAAUGAACUUAUGGCACAGCUUUCUUGACAAUACAGUCAGGCACUUUCUACUCAAUGGAGUAGUCGGUGAACCUUUGCUCAGCAACAGUGGAUAUCCAGAAGGAUGUGCCAUGUCAUGCUUUGCUAUGGGCUUGGCAGACUUGGUCUUCCAUCUAUGCCUCACGGCCUACUCACAGAGGGUCACACCAAUCUCCUAUGUGGACAAUUUCGAGCUGGUUGCCAACACGAUGAGGCAUCUUCAGCAAGGAAUUCUGCGCGCUGACGAAUGGAGUGAAAUGUGGAAGAUGAAUCUAGACAGCUCCAAGAGCUUUGUUUGGGGAACCAGCUCCAAGCUGCGGAAAGAAUGCCAAGCCUUAGGAUGGAAGCUCAAUGAGAGCGCAGUGGACUUGGGAGCCAACAUGGCCUAUGGGAAGAAGAACUCUAUAUUAGCGGGGGCUAAUCCUUUGCUUGCCCUCAGCCUUCAGGACUCCAUGGCCAGUGACCCCGGCUCUUACCAGUUUUGGACAGCGCUUUCCACCUUCAGGCGCAUGAUCCACAAGCAGUCUCACCUGGUGGACAUGUGGAGCUUUUUCAUGAAUCGCUUCUCAGGAGAUCGAAGCAUUGGGCCUUUUGGCAAACUGCUUGAGGUUGCUGAACAAGUUGGUUGGUGCAUUGAAAUACCUGGAUUUUACAACCAUGAUGGAUGUUGGAUUUCGCUCCUUGACGCCACAGAGGGAAUCCUUCGUGGAGUGGCUGAGAAGGCGUGGGUUUGCCUCCGUGCAUGCAAGGGAUCGAGAACCUUUGAUACCACCUUGAGGAUGCAGUCAUCUCUACAUGCUCAUCUUCUUCCUUCACGGAACGCAGAAUGGAAAUGCUUCAAGCACUUCCUGAACACACCGGAGAUUGUCGAGCGCAGAGCUCUUCGGAGCGAGUGGCCACGAAUUGACCUCUUCGCAGACGGAAGCUGCUGGAACCCAGACCUGAUUGAUGAUGCGCUGGGUGCAUGGGCGGUGGUCUGCCCACAGGCUGACCGGUGGGUGAUACGUGGAACAUUGAGCGCCCUACGCCAACACAAUGACAAGACGGAAGUGCAGGCCAUCAAGAAUGCCCUCAACAUUUCGUUUGACUACCCGGGGGAGAUUGUCAUUUGGAGCGACAGUUCGUGCGCUACGUCUGGACUAUUCCGGCUUCUCCAAGAUGGGGAGGACAUCCAAAUGAUACAGGUGAGGGCCUUUGGACAGAAAUCCAAGGACUUGUCCAGAAUCGAGCGGGUGCGCUGCGGGUUCAACACAUUGCAGCUCAUCGAGAUGGUUGGAAAGAAGACGACCCUGUAG